UUUUGGCCAUCCGCGGCCGGCCUGGAGCAAGGGGCGUGGGGUGCAGUGGCCAGCAGGUGCCGGCGUCAGCGGCUCGCCGGGGCGUUCAGACCCGCCCUCUGGCUCCUCCUGCGAGCUCUACUGCGGGGGCCGGCGGAGUGCGUGUGGGCUUCCACCCUCGCUGCGCAACGUCCAGCACCCCGGCCUCCCCUCUCCGCGGUGCUGCUGGCUUGGGCUGCGCGACCUCGGCCCCCGGGCACGGGCUGUGGGACCCGGCUGCGUGUCUGGGAGGGGAGCAGCCUGCCGCCGUGCCCGGCUCGCUCCAGCUGUGGAGUUCGCGCAGGUGCCCGGGCGCAAGGGCCGGCGGCUCCGGGGCGGUGAGUGGGUGGGGGCUGCUGGCUCGGGUGUCCCGGCGCCGGCUGGGGACCUGGACGGCGCUAGGUCCCCGCAGCGGUGGGGCGGGGUCCUGGCGGGGCGCUCCGCUCUCGGCCCCUUUAAGGGCCGGUCCCCGCAGCGCCAGGCGGGCCGCCCCCUCACGUGGUUUCACACGUUCGCGGAGGAGCCCGGAGCAGCAGCCUCGGCGGAGCCGCCUCCCGGCCCGGCAGCCCCGCGCAGCGCCCCGGCGCGGACACGCCCGGCCCGGCCGGGGCAGCGGCACCUGUUGGCAGCGGCAAGAGGGCGACCACGCCAGAAGGAAGAUAUUGGGAGGACCACCAAAGACUGCUGGGAUAGCCCUGAUGCACCUGCUCUCUCUACUUGCAGCAAUGCAGAUAUCUUCCGCAGAAUAAAUGCCAUGCUGGAUAACUCUCUGGAUUUCAGUGGAGUCUGCACAACACCCAUCACAAAAGGAAGACGUGACCUUUUGCCAGUUCUCAGCAUGCUCAGUAGCCCUCUGGGGAACGUUUUGGGAAAGCCCCCUCUGGGCUUCCUGCCUCUGGACCCAAUUGGCUCGGACUUGGGAGAGAAGUUUCCCACGCAGACUCUGAGGAGCUCCCGCCUGGACAGUCGUGCUCUCCUGGAUUCCCGCUCCAGCAGCCCCUCGGACUCUGAUACCAGUGGAUUCAGCUCUGGAUCUGACCAUCUCUCAGACUUAAUCUCAAGCCUUCGGAUCUCCCCACCUCUGCCCUUCCUGCCCCUCAGCGGUGUGUCAAGGGACCCCUUAAAGAUAGGUGUGGGGUCACGACUGGAUCAAGAUCAAGCUGCACUGGCUGCAGUAACUUCCUCCCCAGCCAGUGCAUCUAAAAGGUGGCCUGGGGCAUCUGUGUGGCCUUCCUGGGACCUGCUGGACUCACCAGAGGACCCUUUCAGCAUUGAAAGAGAGGCCAGGCUUCAUAGGCAAGCAGCAGCUGUGAACGAGGCAACCUGCACCUGGAGCGGGCAGCUCCCUCCCCGGAACUACAAGAACCCGGUCUAUUCCUGCAAAGUGUUUCUAGGAGGUGUUCCAUGGGAUAUCACGGAAGCGGGACUGAUCAACACCUUCCGUGUGUUUGGCUCACUGAGCGUGGAGUGGCCUGGUAAGGAUGGCAAACACCCUCGCUGCCCUCCCAAAGGGUAUGUCUACCUGGUGUUUGAGUCAGAGAAGUCUGUGCGGGCCCUGCUGCAGGCUUGCUCCCAAGACCUGCUGAGCCCUGACGGCCUGAGUGAGUACUACUUCAAGAUGUCCAGCCGCAGGAUGCGCUGUAAGGAGGUGCAGGUGAUCCCCUGGGUCCUGGCAGACAGCAACUUCGUGCGAAGCCCAUCCCAACGGCUUGAUCCCAGUAAGACGGUCUUCGUGGGGGCCCUGCAUGGGAUGUUGAACGCAGAGGCCCUAGCAGCCAUCAUGAAUGACCUGUUUGGAGGGGUGGUCUAUGCUGGUAUCGACACAGACAAGCACAAGUAUCCUAUUGGAUCUGGCCGAGUUACCUUUAACAACCAGCGCAGUUACCUGAAGGCAGUCAGCGCUGCAUUCGUGGAGAUCAAAACCACCAAGUUUACUAAAAAGGUUCAGAUUGACCCAUAUCUAGAAGAUUCCAUGUGUCAAGUCUGCAGUGCCCAGCCAGGUCCCUUCUUCUGCAGAGACCAGGUCUGCUUCAAGUACUUCUGUCGCUCCUGCUGGCACUGGCAACAUUCCAUGGAGGUCCUGCGUCACCACCGCCCGCUGAUGCGCAACCAGAAGAACAGAGACUCCAGCUAGAGAGGCAGCAGAUGCAUCAGGAGCUGCCGCAGUUGCAGGAGAAAGUUCUUUUGUUAACCUGCCAAGUGGAGAGAGCACGAGCGUGCCUGCCAGUGCCAGACCCAGACUGGGAACGCGCUUCCUGAGGACUAAUGGGGAAAUCUUACAUUCACGUUUGCACUUGCUGGUCUUUAUUUGUUUCUGCACUAAUGCACAGUGAAUUUUGUCGGGUUUUGUUUGGGGUUUUUUUGAGGGGGGAGGGCCCCUCAAACGAUUCUGCAGUUCCCAGACUUUGGUUCCUCAUUUGCUGACAAGAAGCAAAAAGGGCCAUGUUUUGAGAAGGUGUCUAUGCAGAUGCCUUCACCUUGGUUUUUUAUUUAUUAAAGGCGCUUUUUUACAUUCCUUGCAAUACUGAUGGUAAUAAUGCAGGUCUCAUUGGCUCCAUUUUUUUGCAGUUGCCAUACAGUGCCUUUCCAUUCAUUUAACCCCCAUCUGAACGGCAUAAACUGAAUGUUCAGCUGGUGUUUUUUACUGUAACAACAAAGGAGACUUUGCUCUUCAUUUAAACCAAAUCAUAUUUCAUAUUUUACGCUCGAGGGUUUUUACCAGUUCCUUUUUACACUCUUAAAACGGUUUUUAAGUCGUUUGAAACAAGAAUUUUUCUUUCCUGGCAGCUUUUAACAUUAUUGCAAUUUGUGUCUGGGGCUGCUGGUUAGAAGACAAGUUUCACAGUUGUGAAUCAAGGGGGUUUGCAACGAGAAAAGGACAGGAUUUUUGGAUUUGAAACUGGACCGGAUAAACGAUCUCUGAGCUGCUGUAUAUAGUUUUAAAUAGUUUGUUGCACUUUUUUAAGUUGCACUUAAGGGGGGUUGAUAGAGGGUUUUUAAUCACAAAGUCACAGGACUUAAUUUUUUUUUGUAACUGAGCUAAAAAAGGGCUGCAUCUUGGUGGGCAGACAAAGGUUCAUAGGAGCCCUUUCUCUUAGAGGGGACAAGUCCCUUUCCCUUUGUUUAAGAAAUGUAAAAGCAACAGUGCAGUCAACUGAAAUGCUGCUGGGAUUUGAGAACUUUAUAAUUUAUUUUUUACUUUCCCCUCUAUUGGAAGCUGUGUGCCAAAGAACCAGUGUCAUAUUUUUUCCCUUUUUCCUGCUGAGCUGAUGUUGCAUUGUUGCAUAUCCCAGCUGCUCUUUGUGGGGUUUUUGUGAAGCUGUGUGUGAAGUCUCUACCUCAUUGUAGUAUAUGCAGGCAAGACUGCACUCUCCUACAGAUGCGUGGAGUAAGCUGUGGUGUAGUUUUUGGCACAUAAUAAACACGUUGCAGCA